AUGAUAGAACCAACGGUCGAGUCGCGUGCCUUGGGCGCAAUCUGGGGUACUUGCGUGGCCGAUGCCCUCGGCGGCCCGGUGCAAUUCAGCCCCCCCGGCACCUUUGAGCCCAUCACGGAGUUGGAAUUUUACUUUCUCGAGUGGCUCGGGCAUGGCCGCUUUAGUACUACGGACGAGCCAUGGGACAUCGGAAUAUCGACUCACCAGGCACUAAAAACGUGGGAAGCCGAUGGCGUUGAAGAGUUAGAGCUCACUCAGCAGAAGGUUAACCGGAAGCUCAAUCGGGAGGACGCGUCCGGCAAUGGAAGUCUGAUGCGAAUCUCGCCGGUUGGAGUCGCACUGUGGAAGGAUUGUGAUCUUGCGAAGAAGGUUGCGAGAGAGCAGAGCAAGGUUACGCAUCCAGCCUGGGCCUGCCAGGAGGCCUGUCAAGCCUAUACCGAGCUGGUUUGCUUGGCAAUGGGCGGUAUAUCUCUCGACCCGAUCUCGAGACAAUCAGAGACUGAUUUCACACUAGGACAAACUAAGGGACAAUUAUGCGAGGCCAUUGCACGAUUCAACUUUACUCAUCCAGCACUUGUUGCGCGUUUCUCGCGAUACGCUUCCCUUGAAGACUGGACCGCCAAGACCCAUCACGACAUCAAGAGCAGUGGCUGGGUGGUAGACACCCUGGAAGCUGCACUCUGGGGGUUCUUCAGAUAUGAGUCUUGGGAAGAAGGCGCAUUGGCGGUGGUGAAUCUCGGGGGAGAUUCCGACACGGCGGGGGCGGUUUAUGGCGGUCUGGCGGGCGUCUUCUACGGUUAUGACUCCAUCCCGUCGAGAUGGCGGGGUGGCAUGCAGAGCCAGGAUAUGAUUGGAGAUGUUGCGCGGAAAUUUGCUGGGAUAGUACCAUCGAAUUAA